AUGCCCCCAGUGAUUCCGGUGGAGACAGUCAGAGAGCUUCUCCUCCGCCUGGACUGUCACAGGUCCAUGGGACCGAAUGGGCUACAGCCCUGGGUGCUGAGGGAGCGGGUGGGGGUGAUUGCCGAGCUGCUCUCAGCCAUCUAUCACCACUCCUGGUUAACUGGAGAGGCCUUAGAGGAUUGGAGGCAUGGUGAUGUGACUCCCAGCUUCAAGAAGGGCCAUAAGGAGAAUCUGGGGAACUAUAGGCCUGUUAGCCUGACCUCGGACUGGAGAAACUGGCUGCUGUGGAAGUUCGGGGGUGGUGAUAGCCUGUGGUUGGUGGCAGGUCGCUCUCGAAUUCGGGACAUCAGUGCCGUGCUGGUGAUGGAUCAAGUUAUUAAGUUGGUCCUUCAGUUCUGUAAGGACUAUCACAGCAGGAAUGCCCCUUCUAAGAAGGACAUUUCAGUUGUACUUAUUCGCCUGGAAAAGGAGUGGAAUCUUCCCUCCUCUCAGGACAUUUUAGAUCCUGAUAAAUGGGAUCAGUUUACAUCCACGCUUGCGCAGCGUGCGAUAGAGGAGCAAAAAGCAGCGGAGCUAAAAAUCUGGGGGUUAAUUCUUGGGGCUCUUAAAGCCGCUAGAGAAGAAGAUAGAAUUCCUGAGACUGCACGCGUUAUGAUAGGUUUGGAAUUUACUAAUGCCGAGAGAAGUGGCGCGGGAAGCGUACUUUCUUGCAGGUCCCCUGAGGAAAAGAACACCGCAAAUAUGCCCUCAGCUAUGGCGACUAACAUCUCGUCCGCACCUUCGGCACCCCCCUUCGCUCCCCCCUCGGCUUCAGCUUCGCAUAAACAAGUAGAAGAAGACUGCGCUAAACUGUCUGCACUUUUAUCAUGCAACACCGGCCAAGUGCAGGAAUCCAAGGUCGUUGAAACUCCCCAGCCGUAUCCAAGACAACCGCUUAACACCCAGGGGGGUGGGGACUGCGGGCAAGGCUCGGGUACGGAUUGGUCAAAAGUUAGAGAGGCGGUAGAAGAAAAAACAGCAGAGAGAAAGGGAAGCGAUGUAACUUACAGGCGCUCGGAUGAUAAUGUCCGGCCAGUACUGUCCACCCUGAUCGCGCCUGAAGGAGUAGGUGGCGUGUGGGCAGCGCUGUCUGCUCAGGUUGCACCCAUAGUGCCACUGGAGCUAACAGCAAUUGAAUAUACUGACUCUCUGCCUAUCUUUGAGCUGGCAAAACCCCUCCAUGUUUCCCUCCGAUGCCGCGUUCAAACUUCCCCUCUGGAAGGGCCUACCUUGUUCACAGAUGCCUCCUCAUCUACUGGACAAGGAGCUGUAGUGUGGCAAAACUCAGACAAUAAGUGGAGCUCAGCUAUUUUUUGUGACCGGACAGUUAGCGUACAAAUAUUGGAAGUUAUGGCUGUAACAAUAGCACUUCGUCUAUGGCAAGAAAUUCCAUGCAAUGUAGUUACUGACUCUGCUUUUGCAGCUAAGCUGCUUGCACGCAUGGGUCAAGAAGGACAUCCGAGUACUACAGCAGCCGGAUUGUUAGAAGAAGCGUUGGCCUCUCGCUCAGCUCCCGUGGCUAUACUACAUGUCCGCAGUCAUUCAGAGGUUCCAGGGUUUUUUACAAUGGGUAAUGCAGUUGCUGACAAGAUUGCAGGUACGUCAUGCUUCACUGUCAGAACUGCGCAUGAUCUUCAUGCAUCUCUUCAUAUAGGUGCCAAGGCUUUGGCACGAACCUGCUCUAUUCCCUUGCCAACAGCUCGUAAUGUAGUUCAGGCAUGUCCAUAUUGCAAUUCUGCCCCAACUAUUCGUGCAGGUGUUAACCCCCGUGGCUUAAAGCCAUUACAGAUCUGGCAGACAGAUUUCACAUGGGAACCCCGUAUGGCCCCUCGUCCAUGGCUCGCCGUUACUGUAGAUACAGCUUCUUCUAUGAUAUCAGUCACUCAACAUACAAAGUGCAAUUCAACUGCAGCACAGAGUCAUUGGGCCACUGCAAUAGCCGCAAUGGGGUUGCCCGGCCAGAUAAAAACAGAUAAUGGGUCUUGCUUCAUCUCAAAAUCGACCCAGGAAUGGCUACCAGCUUGGGUAUCUCAUUCCACAGGAAUCCCUGGCAACUCUCAGGGACAAGCAAUUGUAGAACGUGCCAAUCGCCUCCUCAAGGAAAAGUUACGCGUCCUAGGUGAGGAGGAAGGGUAUCAGAGUGCAAUUCCUGUUAAAAGACAAGCAGAGAUUCUAUCUAAAGCCAUUUACUCAUUGAAUCACUUUGAACGUGGAGAUUGCAGUAGAAGCCCUGUACAGAAACAUUGGCAGCCCAAAGUUUUGAGCGAAGGGCCUCCAGUAAAAAUAAAAGCAGAUAAUGGGGAAUGGGAGGCGGGCUGGAUGAUUCUAGUAUGGGGAAGAGGCUAUGCAGCAGUAAAACAUUGUGAAACGGGAAAAAUAGUAUGGAUACCGUCGCGAAAAAUUAGGCCAGACAUCAGCAAGGAACUAACUGGAACAUAAGUCUUCCCUUUACAGCAUUGACUCCUGGGAAGGCCCAGACAACAGAUGAGAUCGGCGAAAGAACAAGAGAAGGAGUCGCUCCUGAACAGCUUACCCACAAAAGAAAGGUGUUCAUGCUAACGAGGUACCAACUGCUAAAACACCUAAAACACAUCAGAGGCAGUGGACAGAAAGCCUUCAUCGUUGUUCACCACGACACAAGAGAGAGAGACAUCACGUCUUAGAGAGAGCAAAGAAGGACGGAGAACACCACUGAUGGGAAGUGCUUCUGGGAUGGUUCAUCAAUGCGACGGGAAUGUUUAACUCUGUUUAACUCUAUUCUAUAUUCAGUUAUAGUUGCAUUAGGUCUAACAUUAAUAUGCUUAGUGCUUAUAGUCAUAUUAUACAUAUAGGCAUAUAGGUAUAUAAGUAUAUAGUUAUAUUAGGUAUAUAGGUAUAUUACACAUAUAUAGGUAUAGUGUAUGCUGAGACAAAUGACUCGUAUGGCAAAUGCUAAGACGAACAAAUCAGCAUCAUCUAAGAAUGCAAUAUAUAGUCUUAUGUAGAACUCACGUUUAAGAUUAAAUCAUUAGGAUUAUUAAGUUAAUAGGUUGUCAUUAGGUUAAUAGGUUAUAGGGUUAUUAGGGUAGGAUUAUUCUGCGAAUCGGGAUGUAACGGGGCAAGGCUUAACCGAGAGGACAAUGGCAUGUAUAGGCGCAAUGCGGGGAUUUCGGGGUGUACGCGGUUAGGGUCCUCUCGAGUUGUAGUAGACUUUCUUGAGCUUGGAGAGGGGGAGAUGUUGUCAGCAACUGCGAGACUGAGAGACCCCCCCACGGGAUGUGACGCGAUAGGCCCUCUCCCUGCUCUAUGAUUGAUGUGUGGCACGUGCCUUAGGGGCGUACACGAAGCACAUAGGUUAUAUAAGCUAGAGUUCACGUGUAAUAAAGGCCAUUUUGCUGUUCAUCA